AAGAAAUCACUCGGAGGCAGUGACAGUGACGGGAAAUCACUGACAAAGAAAGAGGGGAACUCGGAAAACAUCCGCGAAAACAUCCGCGUUCCCCGGCAAGGAAAACCAUACAACCCAAAAACAGCCACACAAAGAAGAUUGUCACCAAUCCGCUAGCCACUAAAUGUUGAUUGUUGCCGUCAUACCACAAAGAACAGGUCACUACCCACCCACUCGUGCGAUCUCCACAGGCCUUUUCCAAGCCUCUGGUUGUGAAUGACGCCCGUUAGAGACUCACAAGUAUAACUGACCUCUCCCCAACCCUCUCCAUCUAAUCUAGUGUAGUCCUACGUACCACACUCCUCAACUCCACACAACUAGUUUUUCUCCUCGCCUCUGGAAGAAGAAGAAGAAGAAGAAGAAGAAGAAGAAGAAGAAGAAGAAGAAGAAGAAGAAGAAGAAGAAGAAUAAAAAAUGCCACGCCUCCACAAAGCCCACGGCUCCGCUCCAUACAUCUACAUCACCAGCCCCGAUUCAUCUAACUCCUCUAUCUCUGCAAGCGCUUCUGACUUCACCCCCGGUUCCAACUCUCCCACAUCUUCCGACUCUAGUUCCAGCUCCUCCUCCUCAGCAGCAGCAGCAGCCUGGCGUUCCAACGCCUCCGAGCUCCGCGACGUGACGCGCGACUUCUCGGCCGCGCGGGCGACUUCGACGGACGCUAAGACCAAGAGUUACACGGAGAAAGAGGUGGCGAGGUUUGAGGCGAUGGCGAGGAAUGCGGAGCUUAUGGCGAGUAUGGCCAUGGCGGCUUCGGCUGCGAAGAGGAGGGAUGGUGUGAGUAGUAAAUGUGCGUAAGUGUGUCCUAAGUGGAGGAAAGAAUAGAAGGGGAGACGGAGGAGGAGUGGUUACAUACCUCUACGGAGGGAAUGGAUGCAAGACUUGACUCUGACAAGUUCCUAUGGAAACAAUGUUCACCAAGAAGGAGACAGACAGAUUGCGUAAUAGUAUGUGAGAAACUAGGAGAUCUUUUUUUUGGCCCCUUUU